UCAGUGACCUUCCAAACGGCCCUUCUGGCGACGUAGAGAUGACCGACGUCUCGAACGAUGCUAGUCUGCCAGAUCUCGAUGUCUUUUUCAAAGAAAAUUUUCAGAUCACGUUUGACGAGCUGGCUCUCGUCCGCGGGCACAAAAGAGCAAAUAUGUUCUUCUUGAUGUUUCCCGAUGAAGCUCAUAAUGAAUAUUUGCUCUUGAAACUUUUUCUUGAAAAGCAUCUAGCCGUCGUCUUGUCGAAUCGUGAGGGAGACAUGGGUUGGGAAAAGUUUGCGAAGACUGAAAUCGGAGCCGCGCUGUUCCAUAAUAGCUUUACCAACUACCAGGACCUCACCUCUUUGACAUCGUUGACGUCCCGAAAUCAAAUCUCCUUCUGGAAUGUGUCCUUGAUGAAGCCGGUAGAUUUCAAGGGCGAUCAGCUGAACUUCCAGCGUCUCUUCCCUCAGGGAGGGACGAUUCUUCUCACCGAAGACUUUAUGGUCCACGAGAAGGAUGCGUCUGUCAUAAUUCUGGGGUGGUUUCGUGAAAAUGUCAGAUCGAAAAUUCCAAGGACAUGGAAGCUGAUGCUUCGUCCGAACGUGAUGAACUGGCUAGGGGAGAAGUUCAAGGAGGACUGUCGUUAUAUGUUGAUGCAUUAUAUCAUCGCAGACAUCGCCUCCGAGGGCAAGCUCAGAAACAUGCCGACACGGCCACACGAUCUGGACAGUAUCUACAAUCCUUCACUGCAGCAUCCGAUCAUAUCGCUUGUGAACAUCCCCGGAUAUGGAUCCAGUUCAGAGGAGGACUUCCCUGAGAUCCCCGAGGGGUUGACCCAGGAGCACCGGGACGCGGACCGUUUGAUCAAAUUCUUUGCUGACUGGGUGAUCCUCAACGUAUCACAAUAUCGACGAUUUCAGGUCAUCACGUCCGUGGCCCCGCUUCCGCAAUGGCAGAAAUUGCAUCACAUCGAUCUGUGCCACGGACCACAGGCAUUUUACAAGAGAAUGGCCAUCAAACCAGACACGUAUCGGGAGAAGUAUCUAUCUCAGGCAUCAUCCUCGUCCUCGUCUUCAUCGACGACCCGACCAGAGGGGGCUGAUAAUAAGCAACCGUCAUCGCUGCAAGAAUCUCCUACAGAUGUCAUAUAA